AUGCCAGCUUUGCUAACUGUUGAUGAUGAUGACUUCUGGGAAGGAGUUUCACCGGUGCAAUUUGGUGAGUUACCUGCUCUCCAAGAUGCAGUGACUGUUGUAGGGUAUCCAAUUGGGGGAGACACGAUUUCUGUGACAAGUGGUGUUGUGUCACGGAUAGAAAUCCUAUCAUAUGUUCAUGGGUCUACCGAGCUUCUGGGUGUGCAGAUAGAUGCUGCUAUAAACUCGGGGAAUUCUGGAGGGCCUGCAUUUAAUGAUAAGGGCAAUUGUGUGGGUAUUGCAUUUCAGUCCCUUAAGCAUGAAGAUGUUGAGAAUAUUGGUUAUGUCAUUCCAACGCCGGUCAUCAUGCACUUUAUCCAAGAUUAUGAGAAGAAUGGAGCUUAUACUGGAUUUCCAAUUCUUGGUGUUGAGUGGCAGAAGAUGGAAAAUCCUGAUUUGCGGAAUGCAAUGGGGAUGAAACAUGAUCAGAAAGGUGUUCGCAUCAGACGUGUUGACCCCACGGCACUGGAAUCUGAGGUUUUGAAACCAUCAGAUAUUAUCCUUAGCUUUGAUGGGGUUGAUAUAGCUAAUGAUGGAACAGGGAACCCAGAAAGACAGGCGGACCGAACCCGCUGUUGAGACAGCUUUUACUACCUUGCUAGGAAGGUAAGUUUUGGGUUCGGAUCAGCUGGUUUUUGGUAUUAUAUUCUAGUUUCAUCUUUUGGUGAUUUUAAGGAUUGUAUAUUUAAACAAUAUAUGGUGGAAUGUAGGUA